AAAAGCAACACCGACGUUCUAUGAUCGUGUCAAAGCAUAUGAAUUUUUUAACCUCAAUCUUUCAUUCAUAAAUGAAGAAACGUUAAUUUUAAUCAAUAAGAAUAUACUUGUUUCUUGGUAGUAUCAACACAAAAAAGUUUAGAAGGCACAACCCAACAAUGGAUGUGCUAUCCCGCCCCGCAGAUGAGUUUGAUAACGACAAACAACUUGAAUAUUUAUGGGCUGAAAAGGCUUACGAUCAUAAUGAAGUCUAUUUUAAUCUCUUAUGUUCAGUUGAUACGAAGCAACUAAGAAUAACCCCAAUAGAUGAUUUAAUUUAUAGAGAAUUCCGGAAAGAGUUUCCAGAUAUGGACGUAAAAGUAAUAGAUGAAAAUCAUUUAAAAAGUACAGAAGAAAAGGCAAAGUGGAGACCCUUCUGCGAAAGAUUUAGGGAUGUGUUAGAAGACUAUAGUUUUGGAACAUUACUUAGAGCUAAUGCAGAAGAAGAUAAUAGACCAGAUAACACUAUUUUAGUAACAAAAAUUCAAUUUUGUUGUAUCGAAAUUGCUAGAAAUAGGGAAGGUGUAAAUUCUGUACUGAGAAAAAAAUUUCUAAGGGACAAAAAUGUCUUGAAUUUUUCAGAUCUGUCAUGAAAUAUUUCAUUAAAUUGUUUACAUCAAUCAAUACAAUAUUUUUUUUAA